GGCAAAAUAAUAUAAGUUGAGGUCAUUUGAUUCUCUUUUCAGUUGCUUGAUCGUUUCUUAAUCUACUGAUAUUUAUCUGCUCAUAGUUGCUGGAGUACUCAUUCAUUCAUUUCCAACAAUUUCAUAUUUUGCUCUAAAGUGAACGCACAAGACCAGUAAUGUCUUUCUUCCAGCACCUAAUCAUCAUCCUCUUCUCAUCAUUGUUCACCCACUUCUCUCAAGCUGACGUUGGCACUGCUUCCCAUUACGGCCCUCCCUUUUUACCGACGGAGUGUUUUGGGGGAGGUGCGUCGCAAUUUCCUCCUACCAACAUGUUUGGUUCGGCUGGAGAGGGUAUAUGGGACAAUGGUGCAGCAUGUGGGAGGCGGUAUGAGGUGAGAUGCAUCAGUGCGGCUGUUCCAAGAACUUGCAUUCCUGGUCAAACAGUUCAGAUUAAGAUUGUUGACAGAGCACAAUCCUCUGUUUCUAGGCCCUCAACGGAUCAUACUUCAAUGGUUCUUUCCACCGCUGCUUUUCAAGUCAUUGCAAAUGUUUCUUCUUCAUUGAUUAACAUUGAAUUCCAACAGGUUUGAAUAUUUGAACAGAGUAGUAGUAAUUGGAACCUGGUGAAUUUUUUGUUGAAAAAUUAAAUUUUAUGGUGAUUGAGGA